CCCCGUCUUCCCGGGGGAAAGAAAGCGGACAAUUUUUUAUUUUUUCUUUUUUCCCGUAUAAAGUUCUGCACUGUUUUUAUUUUUAUUUUUACCCCUUUUCUUUUUUUAGACAAUACAAAUAAAAAAAGAUGGCACCUCAAGUAUUAAUUGUAGGGUGUAUUGAUUUCGCUACAGAAGACUAUGAACGUCUCUGUAAGAAAUACUCGAUUGAAUACUACACUUCUAAAUCGCGUCUCGAGUUCUUUGAGGAUUGCGCAACCAAGUAUAAGGACGUACCCAUCAUUUAUCGUACACCUGAAUCACAAAGUGUGGUAGGUCCAUUUGAUGCUCAACUUGUCUCCCAUCUUCCCUCUUCCUUAAAAUACAUUGUUUAUUGUGGCGCUGGUUAUGAUUCUAUUGAUGUCUCUGCCUGUGCCCAAAAGAAAAUCAUGGUAUCCCAUACUCCCGUGGCUGUAGAUGAUGCCACGGCUGAUAUUGCUGCCAUUCUUAUCCUCAACUGCUGUCGUAACGUUUUGGCCGCCAGUGAGAAUUUACGUCAGGGAAGGUGGCGAAGUGGUGUACGUAUGGGCACAGACCCUCAGGGUAAAAUCCUUGGUGUCUUGGGUGCUGGUGGUAUCGGUCGAACAUUGGCUAAGCGUAUGUCUGGUUUUGAUUUGGGAAAAAUUCAAUAUUACAAUCGCAAUCGAUUAUCUCUCGAACUUGAGCAGGAAUCCAAUCUCCAAUAUGUGGAUUUUGAAACUUUACUCAAGACAUCCGAUAUCAUCUCCGUGCAUUGUCCUUUAAAUGCUGCCACUACCCAUUUGAUCAGUUACAAGGAAUUUGCCAUGAUGAAAGAUAAUGUGAUUGUCGUCAAUACCGCCCGAGGUAAAGUCAUCAAUGAAGCUGCCUUGAUUAAUGCCCUUGAACGCGGUAAAGUCUUGGCUGCAGGUUUGGAUGUAUUUGAAGAAGAACCCAAGAUCUCUCCCGGUUUAUUAACUCAUCCUCGUUCUGUUCUCUUACCUCACAUUGGUACCUUUACCAAUGAAAGUCAAUACAAGAUGGAAAAAUUAGUUUUGGAUAAUAUGGUAGCUGCAUUGGAACAAGAUACUUUAUUAACUCCCGUACCUGAGCACAAACACUUUUUCUCACACAACAACAAAUAAUGAUAAUAAUAAAAAAAAAAAAAAAACCUUAA